AUGGCCAUCACCGAACUUGCCCUCCUGCGCCUCAAAUCGCAAGACACUUUCACUACAAUAAAGCCAGUCCUACAGGAUGCUCAAAAAGCCCAGUCCGAGUACUCGGGCCAUGCCGUUCGCUUCUUCCGACAGACCGAAGAUCCACUCUGUAUAUACCUCACGGGUGGGUGGGCGUCGGUCGCAACGCACAACGGCGAAUGGACCACGCUGGAGACGAACCAGCAGUUGCUGGCGCGGUUGGUGGAGCAUGUAGAUAUGGAGUGGAUGUUCCACUUGGAUAUUGAUCCAUCCACCGCAACCAUCCCCCUUAACGCCCCCAUCAUCGCCAUCAGCCGGUACUUCGUCGACCGCAACAAGAAAGCCGAGUUCGAGGAGGCCUACGAGGCCGGCAUACCGGGUCUCGGCGAGUACACGGCGCCGUUCCCGUAUUGCGGCAGCUGGAGGAUCGACAAGGACGGCGAGAACGACGAGUUUGUGCUGUUCAGUGGAUGGAACUCCGUCGAGCACCACAUGGAGUUUACUCGAUCAGAGGCGAUCGCGAAGCUCAGGGGGAUUCUGGGGGCGUUGACGGGCAUGGAAGUUGCACAUGUGCAGAAGCAGAGCUUGGAGUGA